CAGUGAAACACACGAAAUUACACGACGCACACGUAGCUUAGCUUUCUUUUGUUAGAACGUAAUUUGAAGGCGGAUUUGGUGUUUUGGGGAAAUAUUAGCAGUAAAAAUGUCUUCAGUUCAGCCUCAGAGAGAGUUUAUCAACGAGCAGGAAACUCCUGCUGAAGAAACAUUCACAGAGUUGAAAGAAAUAAAGGUCAAGAUCGAGGAAGAGAUGGAGGAUCAGCGCAGACUGCUGGAUUUUACCCGGAUACCGAAGAUCAUCUUACACCGGACAGACCUCCCACAGUACUGUCUGUGUAAAGAGGAGGAGGUUCUGAAUGAGGCCAGCAACCAGGAGGAAAACUCUAAUUUAGAUGAGGAACCAGAACCUCUGCAGAUGAAACAGGAGCAAGAGGAACCAGAACCUCUGCAGAUGAAAUUCAAAGAGGAAGAGAAGCAACUCUGCAUCAGUCAGGAUGAAGAGCAUCUUGUGCUGAAACAGGAGACUUGUGAUAUUUUGGGGAAUAAACCGCAGAAAGGCAAAACUGAGACUUCAAAACAGAAAACACACAAGAAAGCUCACCCGAACCAAAAACUAUAUUCUUGUAAAUUUUGUGAUAAAACCUUUUCUCAAAGUAUUUCCUUGACGUCACACAUGAGAAAUCACAAGAAACCUUUCACCUGUUCAACCUGUGGAAAAAGUUAUCCUUGCAAGAGUCGUUUAAUUUAUCACAUGAGAAUUCACACAGGGGAAAAACCGUACACAUGUACAGCUUGUGGAAAAAGUUUCUAUCACAAAGACACUUUAAAAGUUCACAUGAGAAUUCACUCAGGUGAUAAGCCUUACACAUGCACAACCUGUGGAAAAGGUUUUCUGUGUAAAUCUCUGUUACAUGAACACAUGAUGAUUCACAUAGUUAAGAAGCCUUUCCCCUGUAGAACGUGUGGAAAAGGUUUCAGUCAUAAAAGAAAUUUAACCGUUCACAUGAGAUUUCACACGGGUGAGAAGAUUUUCUCAUGUGGGACCUGUGGAAGAAAUUUUGUGUCUAAAUCUCACUUAGUUAAUCACAUGGGAAUUCACACAAAUGAGAAGCCUUUCUCAUGUGGGACCUGUAAAAAAUGUUUCCGAAGGAAACCCGACUUAGACAAUCACAUGAGAGUUCACACAGGUGAGAAGCCUUUCUCAUGUGGGACAUGCGGAAAAAAUUUUGCUCGAAAAAACUCUUUAAAUUCUCACAUGAAGACUCAUACAAGUGAGAAUUCUUUCUCGUGUGGGACCUGUAGAAAAAGUUUCACUGAUAAAGAAAAGUUGACUGUUCACAUGAGAUUUCACACUGGUAAGAAACCUUUCUCUUGUGGGACUUGUGGGAAAGACUUUGUGUAUGAAUCAAACUUGGUCAGUCACAUGAGAAUUCACACAGGUGAGAAGCCUUUGUCCUGUGGAACAUGUGGAAAAGGUUUCGCUCAUAAAAAAAGUCUAACUGCUCACAUGACAUUGCACACAUGUGCAAAGAGUUUGUCAUGUAUGACCUGUGGAAAAAGUUUUGUGUACAAUUCACACUUAGUUAAUCACAUGAGAAUUCACACAGGUGAAAAGCCUUUCACUUGUGAGACCUGUGGAACAAGUUUCGCUCAUAAAAUAAAUUUAACUGCUCACAUGAGAGUUCACACAGAUGAGACUUUCUCUUGUGGAACCUGUGGAAAAUGUUCUGUGUGUAAAUCCAGUUUACUUCAUCACAUCAAUCAAUCAAUCAGUCAAUCAAUGUUAUUCAUAAAGGAUCCUUCAGCACUUCAAAGUGAUCCAGGAAUUGGUUAAAAAGUCAGGUGUUGAGCCAGCUCUUGAAGACGUCAGCAUUUUCUACGGCCCUCAGGUUCUCUGGGAGAUGGUUCCACAAGCAGGAACCAUUACACUGGAAAGAAGCCUCACAAUAAGUGUGUGUUCAUUUAUAAUAUGAUAUAUUUUUUUUAAAAGAGAGUGGACAUUUAAAAGAGCCAUAUUAAGAGUGACAGGUGCACUGUUAACAUUAAUUGUGGGUGCUAAUAAUAAUGUUUUUCUAAAGGUCUAUGGUUGUUAAAGUUCACUGAAUGGAUACGGUUAUGUAUAUUUGCUCCCUGUAUGUAAUCUGAAAUGAAAUUAACCAGUUAAUGGGGACAGAUUGGCCUGUCCCAAAGGUAUGUAUAUAACGAUCAGAAGAAGAAUAGAAGCCAGGACCAUGUAGACGUCAGUCAGUAUCAGAUUGGUCAGAUGUAGUGAUAAUAUGGUUACCAGAUAGGUUACCAUGGGGAUUAACUUGCCUGAGAAUCCUUUCUCUUGAGGGUACUGUAGAAAAAGUUUUGCUCAAAAGAAAUUUAGUCGUUCACGUGAGAACUCAUGCAAGUUUCAUGGCAUCAUUUGAACUUCAAGUACCAAGAUUCUGAGUAACUUGCUGUUUGGAAGUUGAGUAAUUAUAUUUGGAUUGCUUUUUUAAAUGUAGCAGCUUUGCAUAAGCAGCUUUUUAAAUCAGAUAUUUAGCUGAAAUACUUUAACAUUUACUUUAUUCUUGCAAUUUUAUGUUUACAUUUGUAUUUUUUAAUGAGAGUGAAGGAGAUAUUAAUAGUCUCUUGAAGGAGAAAUAGCUUUGAAUGCUUUCAGAUUUAGACUUGUAAAGUUUUUGAGACUUUAUUGUGUGUUUAUCCUUUGUACUUAUUUCUUUUAUUUCAAUGGUUCUGGGAAAUGGAUGCAUGUUAGCUGCUGCCUCAUGUGCUGCUAGGGUCACAAAUUAAUGCGAGUAAUGUUUUCUGAAUAUUAUCUAAAUCCAUAGUUGUUUUUUUCUGUUUUCUCUGGUUUUGAUUAUGGAAAGAAAUUAUGCUAAAUAAUAUUCUGAAAUACUUUCCCUUUUUGUUUGACUUUGCAUUGUCUUUAUUUUUCCUCUCUUCUACUCUAAAGUGUAGG